GUUGGAAUCUGGCAUUUGGCAGUUACCAGAGGAGCUGUGCCUGGGCAGAGGGUACCCAGGAGACACCCUGGUGCCCUUAACCUCCAAAGCAGGCAACAUCGUGUGUCCAGGUCUGUGGACCAGAGACACGGGAUGUUUUGUGACUGACAGAGUGAUCCAAAAUGGAGAAGGAUGACCCUCCACAGUUGGUGACUCCCAUAUCUGUGAAAGCCAUCAUCUUGAGGAUUGAGGCUGCUCAGCUAACUCGGGCUCAAGAGGUAGCCCCUGAGAUGAAGGAAUCACCCUUAUAUUGGGAUAUGAUGUGGAGGCUGGGGACUGAUCCCAGGUUUGAGUGAGAUUCAAGCUCUGGGUCCUCAGAGGUCCUGGGAUAUUCAGCAACCCAGGUCUGCAGACAGAUUAGUAUAAAUUAUCUCUCUCCUAAACUUGGCCUCUACAGGGAUAUUUCUACCCAGCUCUUAGACAUUUUGGACAAUGUCAAUUGUGUCAUCAACCGCUUCCAGGAAGAAUUAGGAUAUGAUUUAAAAGAAAACGCCAAAUCUCACCAGACAGAUCCAAAGGGCAAGAAGAGAUUCAUCUUGCUGGACAAAAUUGCCUCCUUCUCCAAAGAUGCUAAGAUGAAGGAGAAGCACCUGUAUGACAUUCUCCGCUGGCUAGGUGACUGGGGUGACACUCUGACCUAUGAGAUCGGGGCCAGGAAGAGUGAAGAGGAAGCAGCAGCCCUGGACGAAUGGAUUGAAGUGACAGAGAAAAUGUUACCACUCUCCCUCAUUGCCACCAAAAGAGGCAUUGAGUCACUCACUGCCCUUUGCUCCACUCUCAUUGAAGGACAAAAGAAAAGGUCACAAGUGUCCAAACGCACCUUCUGGCAGGGCUGGCGGGGAAGAAGCCCACAGACAUCUCCAUCCCAUCCUCAGCCACUGAGCCCAGAACAGAUGCUCCAGGACCAGCAAACCACGAACAUGAAGGCCUCCGAGGUGACGUCCAUGCUGCAGGAACUCCUGGACUCUACCAUGUUCAGCAAGGGGGAGGUCAGGGCCAUCAGGUACAUGGCCACUGUGGUGGAGAACCUCAACAAGGCCUUGAUCCUCCAACACAAGGAGAACAGGAGCCUGGAGACCAAAUACAGGUACCUGCAAAUGCAGGCGACCGAAGAGCUCAGCAGCCAGAGGCUGCACUUCCAGCAGUUCGUGCAGGUCCUUGAGAGCAGGAGGGAUGCUCUGCUGAAGCAGGUAGAGAUCUUAGGGGGAAGGUACCAUGACCUUCUCCUGACGAAGCAGGCUUUGGAGUUCCAGCUGAAGAAGGCUCAGACUGCUACAGGUCAGGCAGAAGACCCGGCUGAGGUUUCUGUUGACUCCCCAGGUCCCUCUGAGAGGGAGAUCCUUCCAAGGAAAGAAACAGUCACGGAGGAAAGCCAACAGGAACCCAUGAAGAAGGAGCAGUUGUUCUCACCACUUCCCCCAGGUACCAUGGCCAUGGUGUGGGACAGUGGUGCUACAGCUGCAGGGCACGAGCCACUUUCCACCAUGACUGUGCACUCGAGGGUCGCAGAUAUGUUCAGCAGCAAGGACACCAAGAGCAUUGAGCCUGUGCUUCUACCCUUAGUAGAUCACAGGUUUCCUAAGAAAUGGGAAAGACCCGUGGCAGAAAGCUCAGGCCACAAAGACAAAGACCAGGAGGACUACUUCCAGGAAAAGGGAGGACUCCAAAUUAAGUUCCACUGUAGCAAACAGCUGUCUCUAGAGAGCUCCAGGCAGGUGACCUCUGAGAGCCAAGAGAAGCCCUGGGAGAAGGGAUUCGGCUGGGAGACACGGAGGCAGCUGUGGCUGGAGGAGGAGGAGAUGUGGCAGAAGCGGCAGAAGAAGUGGGCCCUGCUGGAGCAGGAGCACCAGGAGAAGCUGCGGCAGUGGAAGCUGGAAGACCUGGCCAGGGAGCAGCAGCAGAGAUGGGUCCAGCUAGAAAAGGAGCAGGAGAGCAUAGGGAGAGAGCCGCAGCAGCUAGGGGAGGACAUGGAGAGGAGGAUUUUCACACCCGCCAGUCGAUGGAGGGACUUAGAGAAGGCAGAGCUAUCGUUAGUGCCUGCCCCAAGCCGGACCCAAUCUGCUCACCAAAGCAGGAGGCCACACUUGCCCAUGUCUCCUAGUACCCAGCAGCCUGCCCUGGGAAAGCAGAGACCUAUGAGUUCAGUGGAGUUUACCUACAGACCACGGACCCGCCGAGUUCCCACAAAGCCCAAGAAAUCUGCCUCCUUUCCUGUCACUGGGACAUCCAUUCGAAGGCUGACUCAGCCCUCUUUGCAGAUAUCCCCUGCUACUCUUAAGGAGAAGGUGUACCACAUGGACAUGGAGGCCCAGAGGAAGAACCUGAAGCUCCUGAGUGAGGAGUCUGAGUUGAGGCUGCCCCACUACCUGCGUAGCAAAGCACUGGAGCUCACCACCACCACUAUGGAGCUGGGCAUGCUCAGGCUGCAGUACCUGUGCCAUAAGUACAUCUUCUAUAGACGCCUCCAGAGCCUCCGGCAAGAAGCAAUCAAACACGUACAAAUCAUGAAAGAAACGGAGGCUUCCUACAAGGCCCAGAACCUCUACAUCUUCCUGGAAAACAUUGACCGCCUGCAGAGCCUCAGGCUGCAGGCCUGGACGGACAAGCAGAAGAGCCUGAAGGAGAAGCGACGAGAGUGCCUGAGCAGCAUGGUGACCAUGUUCCCCAAGCUCCAGCUGGAGUGGAAUGUUCACCUGAACAUCCCUGAGGUCACCUCACCAAAGCCGAAGAAAUGCAAGUUGCCUGCAGCCUCACCCCGGCACAUCCACCCCAGUGGCCCCACCUAUAAGCAGCACUUUCAGUCCAGGCACCGGGAAUGUGCGCCCCUGCAGAUGGCCCGGCUCUUGGCACUGUGCUUAAGGGGCCUGAUGGCUGAACUUGCUGUGGUCAUGGAGGACUUUGACCUUCUGCAUGUCCUCUAGCGAGUUCUCUGGCAAGCACGCAGAGUGUCUGAUGUUCUUCUGCUUUGGUAAUAAUUUCAUCUUCUUAAAGGCAAAGAAAGCCUGCACGGGUCAAGCUGUGAAGACAAGAGGGUUGGAAGACAAAUAUAUAUGUGUGUGUAUCUUUGUGUAUA